AUGAGAGCCUUUACCAUCUGCGCGCUCCUUCUUUUAAAAGUUACUUUUGGAGAUGCCUGUGCCAGUAACCAGUACACUGAAUCAGGCCAGUGUUGCAGUCUGUGUCCUGCUGGUUUUGGAGUGGAGGUAGAGUGUGGGAAAGAGGAUACCAAGUGCACACCAUGCCCACAGGGAACAUUUUCUUCCUCUGAAGACCUUGGCCCUUGCCUCCCCUGCUCCGGGUGCCCACCUAGUGUCCCCACUGUGUCCUCUUGCUCUGCCACUGAAGAUGCACAAUGUGAAUGUGACAACGGCUUCUUCUUUAUGCGCGACUACGGCCUGUGCGCGCCUUGUUCCAAAUGCUCCCGUGGUGAGGGUGCUACACAGCAGUGCGGGCUACAGGGAGACACACAGUGCCAGAUCUGUGGCCAAGGAACCUUCUCUGAGGAGCAUGCUAGCACCAAACCUUGCCAGAGCUGCACAAUAUGCUCUGACAGUGAGGUGGAGAUCCGAGCCUGCAUGCCCAACUCUGACACACUCUGCAUGGAUAAAAGGCUGGACAUUCUGUCUCGCCCCGCUGAGACUGACGGACCCCAUGGCACUCCUCUCUGGCCAGGUGGAGAUGACUCGAUGGAGGGCAGGGAGACCAGUUCUGCUCCUGGAACACCCAAGUUUACCCCCCAGGAUGAGGAUGGCAACAAUAUUCUGGCUUAUGUCUCUGUUCUGGCUGCCGUGGUGCUGGGCUUGCUUCUUUAUGUUGCUUAUAAAUGCUGGAGAUCAUGUAAACAGAAGAAGGCUCUCUCCAAGGCCCGUGCAGCUGAGUUGGGAGCAUCUCCGGAGGGAGAAAAGCUCCAAAGUGACAGUGGUGUUUUUCUAGACUCUCAGAGCCUGCAGGACAAUCAGGCCAGCAAAGGUACUAAGAGGGAUAGCAAGCUGGACACUCGUCUGUACAUCAACCUACCCCCCCACAGACAGGAGGAGGUGGAGCGCCUCCUGCAGGAGGGAGGGGGCCGGGGUUGGAGGCAGCUGGGCGCAGCAUUGGGCUAUGAGACUGAACAGCUGGACCUGUUUGGGCGUGGAGAGGCCCCCUCUCACACACUCCUCUCUAACUGGGCCCAGAAAGAAGGCUCCACACUGGGACUGCUGUGCUCUGCGCUGGCUCGCAUUGAGAGGCCUGAUGUGGUAACAGCGCUUAACUGCCCCAUGCAGGGUACUUCUGUGGUCUGACAGCUCCUCAGACGCACAUAUGACAUUAACAGACUAAA